AUGUCCUAUCCCUCUAAAAUCAAACCGAUCACCUACGCCGACGCUGUCAGGGCCUUGAAUACUCAAGAUGUUGAAGAAAACAUAAAUGAUGCUUGUGGAAAACUUGCUUUUGCCAUGAGCGCGAUGAUAGGCAAAUUUGAAGCCAUCUCAAAGCAAAUGCAUACCAUCGACCUCCUAAGGCAUACAGUACCCCUUAGGCCGAGGUGGGACUCACUCAAGCAGGAUCUGGCCGAACUCCUUUGGCAAUUUCGCACGAAUUCUGGGGUAAUUUCCGGACGCUUGAAGCUAUUCUGCAGCACGGUUUUACCAAUGGCCACCAGGAGCCUUGAUACAAAAUCCGGGCGAUCUCCCUAUCAACAUGAAAAUCUUCAGGUACUGCAAUCAUAUAUGUCUGUAUCGGCAGAGCACGCAGCGAACUCGCGAUCUCUUGCUGAGCGCGUGUUCAGGCUGAGCGCGCGUCUUGUGGUAUUUUUAACGGAAUACACCAAAAUGGCCAACAUGCAUGCGGUUUCCGGUCAGGAGGAAAUGUGGACUCUAUCACAGAAGCUGGCAGAACUCGAAACCCAAGUACGGUUCUUGUUUGCAACGACCAGCGAAAUGCCAUCAGCAGGCAUUCCUCAUCUUUUAUUUACCUCAGCUAGGCUUGUUUGCUCUGCUGGCGGUGCUCCAGGCCGAUCAAGGCUCACCCGCAAACCAAUACUUCUUGAUGGAGAGCUCAGUAACAUUGGAAAAGCAUACGGGGACACAGAUCGAAAGCGCGAUGAGGUGGCACAUGCACAGUACUCUUCCCAACUACGUAUAUGUCGAACAAACCCUCUUUCUAUUGGACACACAAUGAUCUCUGCAUUUCUUCUCGAUGAGAUUUUAACUUCCGAAUCGGGGCUGAGCCUAUAUCUUUCCAUUUGGUCAAGACUGCGGACCGACUGCAGCGAUAUCUUUCACUGGGUAAAGAAUCCUGCUCAAGUCCCUGUUCCCUCAGUCAUUUCAUGCUACGCCGAGACACGUUCUACUGUCUACUCUUCCCUAGCCACAGCUCUCGAUGUAUAUAUGUUGGGGAUUGAUCCGUCCUUAUACUCUGCAGAACGUCUACAACGUUAG